UAGGCAUCUGCAACAGCAUCCAAGAGUACAACGGAUACUGUACCAUUCAACUGAGAUAAGUGGGUCCCCACUAAGGUGCCAUCAUGAGCACAGACGCAGAGAUGGAGCAGUAUGGGCCUGCGGCCAUUUACCUCCGCAAGCCAGAGAGGGAGAGGAUUGAGGCCCAAUCUGCACCUUUUGAUGCCAAAACGGCCUAUUUUGUCGCUGAGCCUGAGGAGAUGUAUGUGAAGGGUAAACUGGUCAAAAAGGAGGGUGGCAAAGCCACAGUUGAAACGCUUAAGGGCAAGACUCUCACUGUAAAAGAGGAUGACAUCCAUCCCAUGAACCCUCCAAAGUUUGACAAGAUUGAGGACAUGGCCAUGAUGACCCACCUCAACGAGCCUGCUGUGUUGUACAACCUCAAAGAGCGUUUUGCAUCAUGGAUGAUCUAUACCUACUCUGGCUUGUUCUGCGUCGUUGUGAACCCCUACAAGUGGCUUCCUGUGUACGACGCUCAGGUCGUUGGGGCCUACAGAGGUAAGAAGAGGAUUGAGGCUCCACCCCACAUCUUCUCCAUCUCUGACAAUGCCUAUCAGUUCAUGCUCACCGAUCGUGAGAACCAGUCUAUCUUGAUUACUGGAGAAUCUGGUGCAGGAAAGACUGUCAACACCAAACGUGUCAUCCAGUACUUUGCAACAAUUGCAGUGGCUGGAGCAAAGAAGGCUGAGCCAACCCCUGGCAAAAUACAGGUAAAAAUGGCAUAUUUGGGCCUUGACAAUAUACAGUAUACAAUAUAUAAGAAUAUGAGGUGUAUUUGAAAAUAUUAAUACAUGAUAUUCUUGCAGGGUUCACUGGAAGAUCAGAUCAUUGCAGCCAACCCUCUGCUGGAGGCUUAUGGUAAUGCCAAGACUGUGAGGAAUGACAACUCCUCACGUUUUGGUAAAUUCAUUAGAAUUCAUUUUGGAACCACUGGCAAACUGGCUUCUGCUGAUAUUGAAACAUAUCUGCUGGAGAAGUCCCGUGUCACCUUCCAGCUGUCUGCUGAAAGGAGCUACCACAUUUUCUAUCAGCUGAUGACUGGCCACAAACCUGAGCUCCUAGAGGCUCUUCUGAUCACCACCAACCCCUAUGACUACCCGAUGAUCAGUCAGGGUGAAAUCACCGUCAAAAGUAUCAAUGAUGUGGAGGAGUUCAUUGCAACUGAUACUGCUAUUGACAUCUUGGGCUUCACUGCUGAGGAGAAGAUUGGUAUCUACAAGUUGACUGGUGCUGCAAUGCAUCACGGCAACAUGAAAUUCAAGCAGAAGCAGCGUGAGGAGCAGGCUGAACCUGAUGGCACUGAGGUGGCUGAUAAAAUCGCCUACCUCAUGGGACUGAAUUCAGCUGAUAUGCUGAAAGCUCUGUGCUACCCAAGAGUCAAAGUUGGAAACGAGAUGGUGACCAAAGGUCAAACUGUCCCACAGGUCAACAAUGCUGUUAUGGCUCUGUGCAAGUCUGUCUAUGAGAAAAUGUUCUUGUGGAUGGUUGUUCGUAUCAAUGAGAUGUUGGACACUAAACAGCCAAGGUCAUACUUCAUUGGAGUGUUGGACAUUGCUGGAUUUGAGAUCUUUGAUUUCAACAGCUUGGAGCAGCUCUGCAUCAACUUCACCAAUGAGAAACUGCAACAGUUCUUCAACCACCACAUGUUUGUCCUGGAGCAAGAGGAAUACAAGAAAGAGGGCAUUGAAUGGGAGUUCAUUGACUUUGGUAUGGACUUGGCUGCCUGCAUUGAGCUUAUUGAGAAGCCAAUGGGCAUCUUCUCCAUCCUUGAAGAGGAGUGCAUGUUCCCCAAGGCCUCUGACACAACCUUCAAGAACAAGCUGCAUGAUCAGCAUCUUGGCAAGACCAAGUGCUUUGAGAAACCAAAACCCGCAAAGGGCAAGGCUGAGGCUCACUUUGCCCUGGUCCAUUAUGCCGGUACAGUCGACUACAAUAUCACUGGCUGGCUUGACAAAAACAAGGACCCUCUGAAUGACUCAGUUGUUCAGCUCUACCAGAAGUCUGCAAACAAACUGCUGUCUUUCCUGUAUGCAUCCCAUGCUGCAGCUGAGGAGGCUGGUGGUGGUAAGAAGGGUGGUGGCAAGAAGAAGGGAGGUUCCUUCCAGACUGUGUCUGCCCUUUUCAGAGAGAACUUGGGUAAGCUGAUGACCAACUUGAGGAGUACUCACCCUCACUUUGUGCGUUGCCUGAUUCCCAAUGAAUCAAAGACACCUGGUCUUAUGGAGAACUUCUUGGUCAUCCACCAGCUGAGGUGUAACGGCGUGCUGGAAGGUAUCAGAAUCUGCAGAAAGGGCUUCCCCAGCAGAAUCCUCUAUGGUGACUUCAAGCAGAGAUACAAAGUAUUGAAUGCCAGUGUCAUCCCUGAGGGACAGUUCAUUGACAACAAGAAAGCUUCAGAGAAGCUGCUGGGCUCCAUUGAUGUGGACCACACCCAGUACAAGUUUGGACACACGAAGGUGUUCUUCAAAGCUGGUCUGCUAGGUACUCUGGAGGAGAUGAGAGAUGACAAGCUGGCUAUACUGGUGACCAUGACUCAGGCUCUGUGCAGAGGUUAUGUCAUGAGGAAGGAGUUUGUUAAGAUGAUGGAGAGGAGAGAAUCUAUCUAUUCCAUCCAGUACAACAUCCGUUCCUUCAUGAAUGUCAAAAACUGGCCAUGGCUGAAACUGUACUUCAAGAUCAAGCCUCUUCUGAAGAGUGCUGAGACUGAGAAGGAGCUGCAGCAGAUGAAAGAUAACUAUGAGAAGAUGCAAACUGACCUGGCUACUGCGCUGGCCAAGAAAAAAGAGCUGGAGGAAAAGAUGGUUUCCCUGCUGCAGGAAAAGAAUGACCUGCAACUGCAAGUGGCAGCUGAAACUGAGAAUCUCUCUGAUGCUGAGGAGAGGUGUGAGGGACUCAUUAAGAGCAAAAUCCAGCUUGAGGCCAAACUCAAAGAGACGUCCGAGAGACUGGAGGAUGAAGAGGAAGUCAACGCUGAGCUGACUGCCAAGAAGAGGAAGCUGGAGGAUGAAUGCUCUGAGCUGAAGAAAGACAUUGAUGAUUUGGAGCUCACCUUGGCUAAAGUGGAGAAAGAGAAACAUGCCACUGAAAACAAGGUGAAAAACCUGACAGAGGAGAUGGCAUCUCAAGAUGAGGCCAUUGCCAAGUUAACCAAGGAGAAGAAAGCCCUCCAAGAGGCCCACCAGCAAACACUGGAUGAUCUCCAGGCAGAGGAAGACAAAGUCAACACUCUGACCAAGGCCAAAACAAAGCUGGAACAGCAAGUGGAUGAUCUUGAGGGAUCUCUGGAGCAAGAGAAGAAACUCCGCAUGGAUCUGGAGAGAGCCAAGAGAAAGCUGGAGGGAGACCUGAAACUGGCCCAGGAAUCCAUAAUGGAUCUGGAGAAUGACAAGCAGCAAUCUGAGGAGAAAAUCAAGAAGAAAGAUUUUGAGAUCAGCCAGCUACUCAGCAAGAUUGAGGAUGAACAGUCUCUUGGAGCUCAGCUCCAGAAGAAGAUCAAGGAACUCCAGGCUCGUAUUGAGGAACUUGAAGAAGAGAUUGAGGCUGAGAGAGCUGCAAGAGCAAAGGUUGAGAAGCAGAGGGCUGACCUCUCCAGGGAGCUGGAGGAGAUCAGUGAGAGGCUUGAGGAAGCUGGUGGAGCAACAGCCGCUCAGAUUGAGAUGAACAAGAAGCGUGAGGCUGAGUUCCAGAAGCUGCGUCGGGAUCUUGAAGAGUCCACCCUGCAGCAUGAAUCAACUGCAGCAGCUCUCCGCAAGAAGCAGGCUGACAGUGUAGCAGAACUGGGAGAGCAGAUCGACAACCUCCAGCGUGUCAAGCAGAAGCUUGAGAAGGAGAAGAGUGAGUUCAAGAUGGAGAUUGAUGACCUCUCCAGCAACAUGGAGGCAGUGGCUAAAUCAAAGGGAAACUUGGAAAAAAUGUGCAGAACCCUUGAGGACCAGUUGAGUGAACUUAAAUCCAAAAAUGAUGAGAAUGUUCGCCAGUUAAAUGACAUUAAUGCACACAAAGCAAGACUGCAGACAGAGAAUGGUGAAUAUGCUCGCCAACUUGAGGAGAAGGAAGCGCUUGUUUCCCAGCUGACCAGAGGCAAACAGGCUUUCACUCAGCAGAUUGAGGAGCUGAAGAGACACAUUGAAGAGGAAGUGAAGGCCAAGAACGCCCUGGCUCAUGCUGUCCAGUCAUCCCGCCAUGACUGUGAUCUGCUCAGAGAGCAGUUUGAGGAGGAGCAGGAGGCCAAGGCUGAGCUGCAGAGAGGAAUGUCCAAGGCCAACAGUGAGGUGGCUCAAUGGAGGUCCAAAUAUGAGACUGAUGCUAUUCAGCGCACUGAGGAACUGGAGGACUCCAAGAAAAAGCUUGCUCAGCGUUUGCAGGAGGCUGAGGAAUCCAUUGAGGCUGUGAACUCAAAGUGUGCCUCAUUGGAGAAGACCAAGCAGAGGCUGCAGGGUGAGGUGGAGGACCUCAUGAUUGAUGUGGAGAGAGCUAAUGCUCUGGCUGCCAACCUCGACAAGAAGCAGAGGAACUUUGACAAGGUCCUGGCAGAAUGGAAGCAGAAGUACGAGGAGGGUCAGGCUGAGCUGGAGGGAGCCCAGAAGGAGGCUCGCUCUCUGAGCACUGAACUGUUCAAGUUGAAGAAUUCUUAUGAGGAGACUCUGGAUCAGCUGGAGACCAUGAAGAGAGAGAACAAGAACCUGCAGCAGGAGAUCUCAGACUUGACUGAACAGAUUGGUGAGACUGGAAAAACCAUCCAUGAGCUGGAGAAAUCCAAGAAGACUGUGGAGACAGAGAAGUCUGAAAUCCAGUCAGCACUGGAGGAAGCUGAGGGCACACUGGAGCAUGAGGAGGCCAAGAUUCUCCGUGUUCAGCUUGAGCUCAAUCAGGUCAAGGGUGAGAUCGACAGGAAGCUGGCAGAGAAGGAUGAAGAGAUGGAGCAGAUCAAGAGGAACAGCCAGAGGGUCAUCGACUCCAUGCAGACCACUUUGGAUGCUGAGGUCAGGAGCAGGAAUGAUGCCCUGAGAAUCAAGAAGAAGAUGGAGGGAGACCUGAAUGAGAUGGAGAUUCAGCUGAGUCAUGCCAACAGGCAGGCUGCUGAGGCCCAGAAGCAACUGAGGAAUGUCCAGGGCCAGCUCAAGGAUGCCCAAUUGCACCUUGAUGAUGCUCUCAGAGGACAGGAAGACAUGAAGGAGCAGGUCGCCAUGGUGGAGCGUAGAAAUGGUCUGAUGCUGGCUGAGAUUGAGGAGCUGAGAGCAGCUCUGGAACAGACUGAGAGAGGACGCAAAGUGGCUGAGCAGGAGCUGGUUGAUGCUAGUGAGCGUGUUGGACUGCUUCACUCUCAGAACACCAGUCUUAUAAACACCAAGAAGAAGCUCGAGACGGACCUUGUCCAGGUUCAGGGUGAAGUGGAUGAUGCUGUUCAGGAGGCAAGAAAUGCGGAAGAGAAAGCCAAAAAGGCUAUCACUGAUGCUGCCAUGAUGGCUGAGGAGCUGAAGAAGGAGCAGGACACCAGUGCUCACCUGGAGAGGAUGAAGAAGAACCUGGAGGUCACAGUCAAGGACCUGCAGCACCGUCUGGAUGAGGCUGAGAACCUCGCCAUGAAGGGUGGCAAGAAGCAGCUCCAGAAACUGGAGUCUAGGGUGCGUGAACUUGAAGCAGAACUUGAAACUGAGCAGAGACGUGGAGCUGAUGCUGUUAAAGGAGUUCGCAAAUAUGAGAGGCGCGUAAAGGAGCUGACCUACCAGACUGAAGAGGACAAGAAGAAUGUGCACAGGCUUCAAGAUCUGGUUGACAAGCUGCAGAUGAAAGUCAAAGCUUACAAGAGACAGUCUGAGGACGCUGAGGAGCAAGCCAACACUCACAUGUCCAGGCUUCGGAAGGUUCAGCAUGAACUGGAGGAAGCUCAGGAGCGUGCAGAUAUCGCAGAGUCCCAGGUCAACAAGUUGAGAGCCAAGAGCCGUGAUGUUGGAAAGUCUGAAGAAGCCACCAUGAGCACAGACGCGGAGAUGGAGGCCUAUGGCCCAGCGGCCAUUUACCUCCGGAAGCCAGAAAAGGAGAGGAUUGAGGCCCAGACUGCUCCAUUUGAUGCCAAAACUGCCUAUUUUGUGGUUGAUGAGGCUGAGAUGUAUGUCAAGGGCAAACUGGUCAAAAAGGAGGGUGGCAAAGCCACAGUUGAGACCGAUGGGGGGAAGUCUGUCACCGUCAAAGAGGAUGACAUCCAUCCCAGGAACCCUCCAAAGUUCGAUAAGAUUGAGGACAUGGCCAUGAUGACCCACCUCAAUGAGCCUUGUGUAUUGUAUAACCUCAAAGAGCGUUAUGCAUCCUGGAUGAUCUACGUAAGUUUCCACAAACCUUGUUCAAUUCCUAUUCACAUACAGUGCAGAUGUACAUACUGUAGAGUAAGUCUACAUUACUUCUAUUUUCUUCAGACCUACUCUGGGCUGUUCUGCGUCGUUGUGAACCCCUACAAGUGGCUUCCUGUAUACGACGCUGUAGUUGUAGCAGGAUACAGAGGCAAGAAGAGGAUUGAGGCGCCACCCCACAUCUUCUCCAUCUCUGACAAUGCCUAUCAGUUCAUGCACACUGAUCGUGAGAACCAGUCUGUCCUGAUUACUGGAGAAUCCGGUGCUGGAAAGACUGUCAACACCAAGCGUGUCAUCCAGUACUUUGCAACAAUUGCAGCUCUUGGAGCGAAAAAGGCUGAGCCAGUCCCUGGCAAAAUGCAGGGUUCUCUUGAGGACCAAAUUGUUGCAGCCAACCCUCUGCUGGAGGCCUAUGGUAAUGCCAAAACUGUGAGGAAUGACAACUCCUCCCGUUUUGGUAAAUUCAUCAGGAUCCACUUCGGUUCCACUGGCAAGCUGGCUUCAGCUGAUAUUGAAACAUAUCUGCUGGAGAAGUCCCGUGUCACCUUCCAGCUGUCUGCUGAGAGGAGCUACCAUAUCUUCUAUCAGCUGAUGACUGGCCACAAACCUGAGCUCCUGGAGGCUCUCCUGAUCACUACCAACCCCUAUGACUACCCAAUGAUCAGUCAGGGUGAAAUCACUGUCAAGAGCAUCAAUGAUGUGGAGGAGUUCAUUGCAACUGAUACUGCUAUUGACAUCUUGGGCUUCAGUGGUGAGGAGAAGACUGGCAUCUACAAGUUGACUGGUGCUGUAAUGCAUCACGGCAACAUGAAAUUCAAGCAGAAGCAGCGUGAGGAGCAGGCUGAGCCUGAUGGCACUGAGGUGGCUGACAAGAUCUCCUACCUCAUGGGCCUGAACUCAGCUGAUAUGCUUAAAGCUCUGUGCUACCCAAGAGUCAAAGUCGGAAACGAGAUGGUGACCAAAGGUCAAACCGUUCCACAGGUCAACAAUGCUGUCAGUGCUUUGUGCAAGUCUGUCUAUGAGAAAAUGUUCUUGUGGAUGGUCAUCCGUAUCAAUGAGAUGUUGGACACAAAACAGCCAAGGCAAUUCUUCAUUGGAGUGUUGGACAUUGCUGGAUUUGAGAUCUUUGAUUUCAACAGCUUGGAGCAGCUCUGCAUCAACUUCACUAAUGAGAAACUGCAACAGUUCUUCAACCACCACAUGUUUGUCCUGGAACAAGAGGAAUACAAGAAAGAGGGCAUUGAAUGGGAGUUCAUUGACUUUGGUAUGGACUUGGCUGCCUGCAUUGAGCUUAUUGAGAAGCCAAUGGGCAUCUUCUCCAUCCUUGAAGAGGAGUGCAUGUUCCCUAAGGCCUCUGAUACAACCUUCAAGAACAAGCUGCAUGAUCAGCAUCUUGGCAAGACCAAAGCCUUUGAGAAACCAAAGCCUGCAAAGGGCAAGGCUGAGGCUCACUUCUCCCUGGUCCACUAUGCCGGUACAGUCGACUACAAUAUCAAUGGCUGGCUUGACAAGAACAAGGACCCACUGAAUGACUCAGUUGUUCAGCUCUACCAGAAGUCUGCAAACAAACUGCUGGCCUUCCUGUAUGCAUCCCAUGCUGCAGCUGAGGCCGAGGCUGGUGGCGGCAAGAAGGGUGGUGGCAAGAAGAAGGGUGGUUCCUUCCAGACUGUGUCUGCCCUUUUCAGAGAGAACUUGGGUAAGCUGAUGACCAACCUGAGGAGCACCCACCCUCACUUUGUGCGUUGCCUGAUUCCCAAUGAAUCAAAGACACCUGGUCUUAUGGAGAACUUCUUGGUCAUCCACCAGCUGAGGUGUAACGGCGUGCUGGAAGGUAUCAGAAUCUGCAGAAAGGGCUUCCCCAGCAGAAUCCUCUAUGGUGACUUCAAGCAGAGAUACAAAGUAUUGAAUGCCAGUGUCAUCCCUGAGGGACAGUUCAUUGACAACAAGAAAGCUUCAGAGAAGCUGCUGGGCUCCAUUGAUGUGGACCACACCCAGUACAAGUUUGGACACACCAAGGUGUUCUUCAAAGCUGGUCUGCUGGGUACUCUAGAGGAGAUGAGAGAUGAGAAACUGGCUUCACUGGUGACCAUGACUCAGGCUCUCUGCAGAGGAUAUGUCAUGAGGAAGGAGUUUGUUAAGAUGAUGGAGAGGAGAGAAUCUAUCUACUCCAUCCAGUACAACAUCCGUUCCUUCAUGAAUGUCAAAAACUGGCCAUGGCUGAAACUGUACUUCAAGAUCAAGCCUCUUCUGAAGAGUGCUGAGACUGAGAAGGAGCUGCAGCAGAUGAAAGAUAACUAUGAGAAGAUGCAAACUGACCUGGCUACUGCUCUGGCCAAGAAAAAAGAGCUGGAGGAAAAGAUGGUUUCCCUGCUGCAGGAAAAGAAUGACCUACAACUGCAAGUGGCAGCCGAAGUUGAGAAUCUCUCUGAUGCUGAGGAGAGGUGUGAGGGACUCAUUAAGAGCAAAAUCCAGCUUGAAGCCAAACUCAAAGAGACAUCCGAGAGACUGGAGGAUGAAGAGGAAGUCAACGCUGAGCUGACUGCCAAGAAGAGGAAGCUGGAGGAUGAAUGCUCUGAGCUGAAGAAAGACAUUGAUGACUUGGAGCUCACCUUGGCUAAAGUGGAGAAAGAGAAACAUGCCACUGAAAACAAGGUGAAAAACCUGACAGAGGAGAUGGCAUCUCAAGAUGAGGCCAUUGCCAAGUUAACCAAGGAGAAGAAAGCCCUCCAAGAGUCCCACCAGCAAACACUGGAUGAUCUCCAGGCAGAGGAAGACAAAGUCAACACUCUGACCAAGGCCAAAACAAAGCUGGAACAGCAAGUGGAUGAUCUUGAGGGAUCUCUGGAGCAAGAGAAGAAACUCCGCAUGGACCUGGAGAGAGCCAAGAGAAAGCUGGAGGGAGACCUGAAACUGGCCCAGGAAUCCAUAAUGGAUCUGGAGAAUGACAAGCAGCAAUCUGAGGAGAAAAUCAAGAAGAAAGACUUUGAGACCAGCCAGCUACUCAGCAAGAUUGAGGAUGAACAGUCGCUUGGAGCUCAGCUCCAGAAGAAGAUCAAGGAACUCCAGGCUCGCAUUGAAGAGCUUGAGGAAGAGAUUGAGGCUGAGAGAGCUGCAAGAGCAAAGGUUGAGAAGCAGAGGGCUGACCUCUCCAGGGAGCUGGAGGAGAUCAGUGAGAGGCUUGAGGAAGCUGGUGGAGCAACAGCCGCUCAGAUUGAGAUGAACAAGAAGCGUGAGGCUGAGUUCCAGAAGCUGCGUCGGGAUCUUGAAGAGUCCACCCUGCAGCAUGAAUCAACUGCAGCAGCUCUCCGCAAGAAGCAGGCUGACAGUGUAGCAGAACUGGGAGAGCAGAUCGACAACCUCCAGCGUGUCAAGCAGAAGCUUGAGAAGGAGAAGAGUGAGUUCAAGAUGGAGAUUGAUGACCUCUCCAGCAACAUGGAGGCAGUUGCAAAAUCUAAAGGCAACUUGGAGAAAAUGUGCAGAACUCUUGAGGACCAGUUGAGUGAAAUUAAAGCCAAAAAUGAUGAGAAUGUUCGCCAGUUGAAUGACAUUAAUGCACAAAAAGCAAGACUGCAGACAGAGAAUGGUGAAUAUGCUCGCCAGCUUGAGGAGAAGGAAGCUCUUGUUUCCCAGCUGACCAGAGGCAAACAGGCUUUCACUCAGCAGAUUGAGGAGCUGAAGAGACACAUUGAAGAGGAAGUGAAGGCCAAGAACGCCCUGGCUCAUGCUGUCCAGUCAUCCCGCCAUGACUGUGAUCUGCUCAGAGAGCAGUUUGAGGAGGAGCAGGAGGCCAAGGCUGAGCUGCAGAGAGGAAUGUCCAAGGCCAACAGUGAGGUGGCUCAGUGGAGGUCCAAAUAUGAGACUGAUGCUAUUCAGCGCACUGAGGAACUGGAGGACUCCAAGAAAAAGCUUGCACAGCGCCUGCAGGAGGCUGAGGAAUCCAUUGAGGCUGUGAACUCAAAGUGUGCCUCAUUGGAGAAGACCAAGCAGAGGCUCCAGGGUGAGGUGGAGGACCUCAUGAUUGAUGUGGAGAGAGCUAAUGCUCUGGCUGCCAACCUCGACAAGAAGCAGAGGAACUUUGACAAGGUCCUGGCAGAAUGGAAGCAGAAGUAUGAGGAGGGUCAGGCUGAGCUGGAGGGAGCCCAGAAGGAGGCUCGCUCUCUGAGCACUGAACUGUUCAAGAUGAAGAACUCUUAUGAGGAGUCUCUGGAUCAUCUGGAGACCAUGAAGAGAGAGAACAAGAACCUGCAGCAGGAGAUCUCAGACUUGACUGAACAGAUUGGUGAGAGUGGAAAGAGCAUCCAUGAGCUGGAGAAAGCCAAGAAGACUGUGGAGACAGAGAAGUCUGAAAUUCAGUCAGCACUAGAGGAAGCCGAGGGCACACUGGAGCAUGAGGAGGCCAAGAUUCUCCGUGUUCAGCUUGAGCUCAACCAGGUCAAAGGUGAGGUCGACAGAAAACUGGCAGAGAAGGAUGAGGAGAUGGAGCAGAUCAAGAGGAACAGCCAGAGGGUCAUCGACUCCAUGCAGAGCACUCUUGAUUCUGAGGUCAGGAGCAGGAAUGAUGCCCUGAGAGUCAAGAAGAAGAUGGAGGGAGACCUGAAUGAGAUGGAGAUUCAGCUGAGCCAUGCCAACAGGCAGGCUGCUGAGGCCCAGAAGCAACUGAGGAACGUCCAGGGCCAGCUCAAGGAUGCUCAAUUGCACCUUGAUGAUGCUCUCAGAGGACAGGAGGACAUGAAGGAGCAGGUCGCCAUGGUGGAGCGUAGAAACGGUCUGAUGCUGGCUGAGAUUGAGGAGCUGAGAGCAGCUCUGGAGCAGACUGAGAGAGGACGCAAAGUGGCUGAGCAGGAGCUGGUUGAUGCUAGUGAGCGUGUUGGACUGCUUCACUCUCAGAACACCAGUCUUAUGAACACCAAGAAGAAGCUUGAGGCUGAUCUUGUCCAGGUUCAGGGUGAAGUGGAUGAUUCUGUUCAGGAAGCAAGAAAUGCUGAAGAGAAAGCCAAAAAGGCUAUCACUGAUGCUGCCAUGAUGGCUGAGGAGCUGAAGAAAGAGCAGGACACCAGUGCUCACCUGGAGAGGAUGAAGAAGAACCUGGAGAUCUCAGUCAAGGACCUGCAGCACCGUCUGGAUGAGGCUGAGAACCUCGCCAUGAAGGGUGGCAAGAAGCAGCUCCAGAAACUGGAGUCUAGGGUGCGUGAGCUGGAAACUGAAGUUGAAGCUGAGCAGAGACGUGGAGCUGAGGCUGUUAAAGGAGUUCGCAAAUAUGAGAGGAGAGUGAAGGAGCUGACCUACCAGACUGAGGAGGACAAGAAGAACAUAAACAGGCUUCAGGAUCUGGUUGACAAGCUGCAGAUGAAAGUCAAGGCUUACAAGAGACAGUCUGAGGAGGCUGAGGAAGCAGCCAACACCCACAUGUCCAAGCUCAGGAAGGUUCAACAUGAACUGGAGGAAGCUCAGGAGCGUGCAGACAUCGCUGAGUCUCAGGUCAACAAGAUGAGAGCCAAGAGCCGUGAUGCUGGAAAGUCUGAAAGUGCAACCAUGAGCACAGACGCGGAGAUGGAGCAAUAUGGCCCGGCGGCCAUUUUCCUCCGGAAGCCAGAAAGGGAGAGGAUUGAGGCCCAGACUGCUCCAUUUGAUGCUAAAACUGCAUUCUUUGUGGUUGAUGAAGCUGAGAUGUAUGUCAAGGGCAAACUGGUCAAAAAGGAGGGUGGCAAAGCCACAGUUGAGACCGAUGGGGGGAAGACUGUCACCGUCAAAGAGGAUGACAUCCAUCCCAGGAACCCUCCAAAGUUCGACAAGAUGGAGGACAUGGCCAUGAUGACCCACCUCAACGAGCCCUCUGUGUUGUAUAACCUCAAAGAGCGUUAUGCAUCCUGGAUGAUCUACACCUACUCUGGAUUGUUCUGCGUUGUCGUGAACCCCUACAAGUGGCUUCCUGUGUACGACGCUGUUUGUGUUGCAGCAUACAGAGGCAAGAAGAGGAUUGAGGCUCCACCCCACAUCUUCUCCAUCUCUGACAAUGGCUAUCAGUUCAUGCUCACUGAUCGUGAGAACCAGUCUGUCCUGAUUACUGGAGAAUCCGGUGCUGGAAAGACUGUCAACACCAAGCGUGUCAUCCAGUACUUUGCAACAAUUGCAUCUCUUGGAGCUAAAAAGGAUACAGCCCCUGCAACCUCUGGAAAAAUUCAGGUAAUGUUACAUGUCAUGAAAAAUCUUGUCAGCAGUAAGUACAUUUAAAUUACUUUUACUUGUGAAACCUUACAUUUUCUCUUGCAGGGUUCUCUUGAGGACCAAAUUGUUGCAGCCAACCCUCUGCUGGAGGCUUAUGGUAAUGCCAAGACUGUGAGGAAUGACAACUCCUCUCGUUUUGGUAAAUUUAUCAGGAUCCACUUUGGUUCCAGUGGCAAGCUGGCUUCAGCUGAUAUUGAAACAUAUCUGCUGGAGAAGUCCCGUGUCACCUUCCAGCUGUCUGCUGAGAGGAGCUACCAUAUCUUCUAUCAGCUGAUGACUGGCCACAAACCUGAGCUCUUGGAGGCUCUCCUGAUCACCACCAACCCCUAUGACUUCCCAAUGAUCAGUCAGGGUGAAAUCACUGUCAAGAGCAUCAAUGAUGUGGAGGAGUUCAUUGCAACUGAUACUGCUAUUGACAUCUUGGGCUUCAGUGGUGAGGAGAAGGUUGGCAUCUACAAGUUGACUGGUGCUGUAAUGCAUCACGGCAACAUGAAAUUCAAGCAGAAGCAGCGUGAGGAGCAGGCUGAACCUGAUGGCACUGAGGUGGCUGAUAAAAUCGCCUACCUCAUGGGCCUGAACUCAGCUGAUAUGCUUAAAGCUCUGUGCUACCCAAGAGUCAAAGUCGGAAACGAGAUGGUGACCAAAGGUCAAACCGUUCCACAGGUCAACAAUGCUGUCAGUGCUCUGUGCAAGUCUGUCUAUGAGAAAAUGUUCUUGUGGAUGGUCAUCCGUAUCAAUGAGAUGUUGGACACAAAACAGCCAAGGCAGUUCUUCAUUGGAGUGUUGGACAUUGCUGGAUUUGAGAUCUUUGAUUUCAACAGCUUGGAGCAGCUCUGCAUCAACUUCACCAAUGAGAAACUGCAACAGUUCUUCAACCACACCAUGUUUGUCCUGGAGCAAGAGGAAUACAAGAAAGAGGGCAUUGAAUGGGAGUUCAUUGACUUUGGUAUGGACUUGGCUGCCUGCAUUGAGCUUAUUGAGAAGCCACUGGGCAUCUUCUCCAUCCUUGAAGAGGAGUGCAUGUUCCCCAAGGCCUCUGACACAACCUUCAAGAACAAGCUGCAUGAUCAGCAUCUUGGCAAGACCAAAGCCUUUGAGAAACCAAAACCUGGAAAGGGCAAGGCUGAGGCUCACUUUGCCCUGGUCCACUAUGCCGGUACAGUCGACUACAAUAUCACUGGCUGGCUUGACAAGAACAAGGACCCACUGAACGAAUCAGUUGUUCAGCUCUACCAGAAGGCUGCAAACAAACUGCUGGCCUUCCUGUAUGCAUCCCAUGCCUCAGCUGAGGCUGAAUCUGGCGGUGGCAAGAAGGGUGGUGGCAAGAAGAAGGGUGGUUCCUUCCAGACUGUGUCUGCCCUGUUCAGAGAGAACUUGGGCAAGCUGAUGACCAACCUGAGGAGCACCCACCCUCACUUUGUGCGUUGCCUGAUUCCCAAUGAAUCAAAGACACCUGGUCUUAUGGAGAACUUCUUGGUUAUCCACCAGCUGAGGUGUAACGGUGUGCUGGAAGGUAUCAGAAUCUGCAGAAAGGGCUUCCCCAGCAGAAUCCUCUAUGGUGACUUCAAGCAGAGAUACAAAGUAUUGAAUGCCAGUGUCAUCCCUGAGGGACAGUUCAUUGACAACAAGAAAGCUUCAGAGAAGCUGCUGGGCUCCAUUGAUGUGGACCACACCCAGUACAAGUUUGGACACACCAAGGUGUUCUUUAAAGCUGGUCUGCUGGGUACUCUAGAGGAGAUGAGAGAUGAGAAACUGGCUUCACUGGUGACCAUGACUCAGGCUCUCUGCAGAGGAUAUGUCAUGAGGAAGGAGUUUGUUAAGAUGAUGGAGAGGAGAGAAUCUAUCUAUUCCAUCCAGUACAACAUCCGUUCCUUCAUGAAUGUCAAAAACUGGCCAUGGCUGAAACUGUACUUCAAGAUCAAGCCUCUUCUGAAGAGUGCGGAGACUGAGAAGGAGCUGCAGCAGAUGAAAGAGAACUAUGAUAAGAUGCAAUCUGACCUGGCUGCUGCUCUGGCCAAGAAAAAAGAGCUGGAGGAAAAGAUGGUUUCCCUGCUGCAGGAAAAGAAUGACCUGCAACUGCAAGUGGCAGCCGAAGUUGAGAAUCUCUCUGAUGCUGAGGAGAGGUGUGAGGGACUCAUUAAGAGCAAAAUCCAGCUUGAAGCCAAACUCAAAGAGACAUCCGAGAGACUGGAGGAUGAAGAGGAAAUCAACGCUGAGCUGACUGCCAAGAAGAGGAAGCUGGAGGAUGAAUGCUCUGAGCUGAAGAAAGACAUUGAUGACUUGGAGCUCACCUUGGCUAAAGUGGAGAAAGAGAAACAUGCCACUGAAAACAAGGUGAAAAACCUGACAGAGGAGAUGGCAUCUCAAGAUGAGGCCAUUGCCAAGUUAACCAAGGAGAAGAAAGCCCUCCAAGAGGCCCACCAGCAAACACUGGAUGAUCUCCAGGCAGAGGAAGACAAAGUCAACACUCUGACCAAGGCCAAAACAAAGCUGGAACAGCAAGUGGAUGAUCUUGAGGGAUCUCUGGAGCAAGAGAAGAAACUCCGCAUGGAUCUGGAGAGAGCCAAGAGAAAGCUGGAGGGAGACCUGAAACUGGCCCAGGAAUCCAUAAUGGAUCUGGAGAAUGACAAGCAGCAAUCUGAGGAGAAAAUCAAGAAGAAAGACUUUGAGACCAGCCAGCUCCUCAGCAAGAUUGAGGAUGAACAGUCUCUUGGAGCUCAGCUCCAGAAGAAGAUCAAGGAACUCCAGGCUCGCAUUGAAGAGCUUGAGGAAGAGAUUGAGGCUGAGAGAGCUGCAAGAGCAAAGGUUGAGAAGCAGAGGGCUGACCUAUCCAGGGAGCUGGAGGAGAUCAGUGAGAGGCUUGAGGAAGCUGGUGGAGCAACAGCCGCUCAGAUUGAGAUGAACAAGAAGCGUGAGGCUGAGUUCCAGAAGCUGCGUCGGGAUCUUGAAGAGUCCACCCUGCAGCAUGAAUCAACUGCAGCAGCUCUCCGCAAGAAGCAGGCUGACAGUGUAGCAGAACUGGGAGAGCAGAUUGACAACCUCCAGCGUGUCAAGCAGAAACUUGAGAAGGAGAAGAGUGAGUUCAAGAUGGAGAUUGAUGACCUCUCCAGCAACAUGGAGGCAGUUGCAAAAUCUAAAGGCAACUUGGAGAAAAUGUGCAGAACUCUUGAGGACCAGUUGAGUGAAAUUAAAGCCAAAAAUGAUGAGAAUGUUCGCCAGUUGAAUGACAUUAAUGCACAAAAAGCAAGACUGCAGACAGAGAAUGGUGAAUUUUCUCGCCAGCUUGAGGAGAAGGAAGCUCUUGUUUCCCAGCUGACCAGAGGCAAACAGGCUUUCACUCAGCAGAUUGAGGAGCUGAAGAGACACAUUGAGGAGGAAGUGAAGGCCAAGAACGCCCUGGCUCAUGCUGUCCAGUCAGCCCGCCAUGACUGUGAUCUGCUCAGAGAGCAGUUUGAGGAGGAGCAGGAGGCCAAGGCUGAGCUGCAGAGAGGAAUGUCCAAGGCCAACAGUGAGGUGGCUCAGUGGAGGUCCAAAUAUGAGACUGAUGCUAUUCAGCGCACUGAGGAACUGGAGGAGUCAAAGAAAAAGCUUGCCCAGCGUCUGCAGGAGGCUGAGGAAUCCAUUGAGGCUGUGAACUCAAAGUGUGCCUCAUUGGAGAAGACCAAGCAGAGGCUGCAGGGUGAGGUGGAGGACCUCAUGAUUGAUGUGGAGAGAGCUAAUGCUCUGGCUGCCAACCUCGACAAGAAGCAGAGGAACUUUGACAAAGUCCUGGCAGAAUGGAAGCAGAAGUAUGAGGAGGGUCAGGCUGAGCUGGAGGGAGCCCAGAAGGAGGCUCGCUCUCUGAGCACUGAACUGUUCAAGAUGAAGAACUCUUAUGAGGAGUCUCUGGAUCAGCUGGAGACCAUGAAGAGAGAGAACAAAAACCUGCAGCAGGAGAUCUCAGACUUGACUGAACAGAUUGGUGAAAGUGGAAAGAGCAUCCAUGAGCUGGAGAAAGCCAAGAAGACUGUGGAGACAGAGAAGUCUGAAAUUCAGUCAGCACUGGAGGAAGCCGAGGGCACACUGGAGCAUGAGGAGGCCAAGAUUCUCCGUGUUCAGCUUGAGCUCAACCAGGUCAAGAGUGAGGUCGACAGAAAACUGGCAGAGAAGGAUGAGGAGAUGGAGCAGAUCAAGAGGAACAGCCAGAGGGUCAUCGACUCCAUGCAGAGCACUCUUGAUUCUGAGGUCAGGAGCAGGAAUGAUGCCCUGAGAGUCAAGAAGAAGAUGGAGGGAGACCUGAAUGAGAUGGAGAUUCAGCUGAGCCAUGCCAACAGGCAGGCUGCUGAGGCCCAGAAGCAACUGAGGAACGUCCAGGGCCAGCUCAAGGAUGCUCAAUUGCACCUUGAUGAUGCUCUCAGAGGACAGGAAGACAUGAAGGAGCAGGUCGCCAUGGUGGAGCGUAGAAACGGUCUGAUGCUGGCUGAGAUUGAGGAGCUGAGAGCAGCUCUGGAGCAGACUGAGAGAGGACGCAAAGUGGCUGAGCAGGAGCUGGUUGAUGCUAGUGAGCGUGUUGGACUGCUUCACUCUCAGAACACCAGUCUUAUGAACACCAAGAAGAAGCUUGAGGCUGAUCUUGUCCAGGUCCAGGGUGAAGUGGAUGAUUCUGUUCAGGAAGCAAGAAAUGCUGAAGAGAAAGCCAAAAAGGCUAUCACUGAUGCUGCCAUGAUGGCUGAGGAGCUCAAGAAGGAGCAGGACACCAGUGCUCACCUGGAGAGGAUGAAGAAGAACCUGGAGGUCUCAGUCAAGGACCUGCAGCACCGUCUGGAUGAGGCUGAGAACCUCGCCAUGAAGGGUGGCAAGAAGCAGCUCCAGAAAUUGGAGUCUAGGGUGCGUGAGCUGGAAUCUGAAGUUGAAGCUGAGCAGAGACGUGGAGCUGACGCUGUUAAAGGAGUUCGCAAAUAUGAGAGGAGAGUGAAGGAGCUGACCUACCAGACUGAGGAGGACAAGAAGAAUUUAACCAGACUUCAGGAUCUGGUUGACAAGCUGCAGCUCAAAGUCAAGGCUUACAAGAGACAGUCUGAGGAGGCUGAGGAGGCAGCCAACACCCACAUGUCCAAGCUCAGGAAGGUUCAGCAUGAACUGGAGGAAGCUCAGGAGCGUGCAGACAUCGCUGAGUCUCAGGUCAACAAGAUGAGAGCCAAGAGCCGCGAUUCUGGAAAGGUUGACAACUCUUCUAAUAUUACAUUUCCAGAGGCAGAUAGCAUCUUCCUGACUUCAAUGGAACGUACAGAGGUUCUCCACCAAGGUGCCAUCAUGAGUACAGACGCGGAGAUGGAGCAGUAUGGCCCAGCAGCCAUUUAUCUCCGGAAGCCAGAGAAGGAGAGGAUUGAGGCUCAGAACACUCCCUUUGAUGCCAAAACUGCCUUUUUUGUGGUUGAUGCGGAUGAACUGUAUGUCAAGUGUAAACUCAUCAAAAGGGAGGGUGGCAAAGCAACUGUUGAGACAGACGGAAAAAAGACUGUCACCGUCUCAGAGGAUGACAUCCAUCCCAGGAACCCUCCAAAGUUCGAUAAGAUGGAGGACAUGGCCAUGAUGACCCACCUAAAUGAGCCCUCUGUGUUGUAUAACCUCAAAGAGCGUUUUGCAUCAUGGAUGAUCUACACCUACUCUGGGCUGUUCUGUGUCGUUGUGAACCCCUACAAGUGGCUUCCUGUUUACGACGCUGUAGUUGUAGCAGGUUACAGAGGCAAGAAGAGGAUUGAGGCUCCACCCCACAUCUUCUCCAUUUCUGACAAUGCCUAUCAGUUCAUGCACACUGAUCGUGAGAACCAGUCUGUCCUGAUCACUGGAGAAUCUGGUGCAGGAAAGACUGUCAACACCAAGCGUGUCAUCCAGUACUUUGCAACAAUUGCAUCUCUCGGUAGUAAAAAGGCUGAGCCAACCCCUGGCAAAAUGCAGGGGUCUCUUGAGGACCAGAUCGUUGCAGCCAACCCUCUGCUAGAGGCCUAUGGUAAUGCCAAGACUGUGAGGAAUGACAACUCAUCCCGUUUUGGCAAAUUCAUCAGGAUCCAUUUUGGUUCCACUGGCAAGCUGGCUUCAGCUGAUAUUGAAACAUAUCUUCUAGAGAAGUCCCGUGUCACCUUCCAGCUGUCUGCUGAGAGGAGUUACCAUAUCUUCUAUCAGCUGAUGACUGGCCACAAACCUGAGCUCCUGGAGGCUCUCCUGAUCACCACCAACCCCUAUGACUAUCCAAUGAUCAGUCAGGGUGAAAUCACUGUCAAGAGCAUCAACGACGUGGAAGAGUUCAUUGCAACCGAUACUGCUAUUGACAUCUUGGGCUUCAGUGGUGAAGAAAAAAUGAACAUCUUCAAAUUGACUGGAGCUGUAAUACAUCACGGCAGCAUGAAAUUCAAGCAGAAGCAGCGAGAGGAGCAGGCUGAACCUGAUGGCACUGAUGUGGCUGAUAAAAUCGCCUACCUCAUGGGCCUGAACUCAGCUGAUAUGCUUAAAGCUCUGUGCUACCCAAGAGUCAAAGUCGGAAACGAGAUGGUGACCAAAGGUCAAACCGUUCCACAGGUCAACAAUGCUGUCAGUGCUCUGUGCAAGUCUGUCUAUGAGAAAAUGUUCUUGUGGAUGGUCAUCCGUAUCAAUGAGAUGUUGGACACAAAACAGCCAAGGCAGUUCUUCAUUGGAGUGUUGGACAUUGCUGGAUUUGAGAUCUUUGAUUUCAACAGCUUGGAGCAGCUCUGCAUCAACUUCACCAAUGAGAAACUGCAACAGUUCUUCAACCACACCAUGUUUGUCCUGGAGCAAGAGGAAUACAAGAAAGAGGGCAUUGAAUGGGAGUUCAUUGAUUUUGGUAUGGACUUGGCUGCCUGCAUUGAGCUUAUUGAGAAGCCAAUGGGCAUCUUCUCCAUCCUUGAAGAGGAGUGCAUGUUCCCCAAGGCCUCUGACACAACCUUCAAGAACAAGCUGCAUGAUCAGCAUCUUGGCAAGACCAAAGCCUUUGAGAAACCAAAACCUGGAAAGGGCAAGGCUGAGGCUCACUUCUCCCUGGUCCACUAUGCCGGUACAGUCGACUACAAUAUCACUGGUUGGCUUGACAAGAACAAGGACCCACUGAACGAAUCAGUUGUUCAGCUCUACCAGAAGGCUGCAAACAAACUGCUGGCCUUCCUGUAUGCAUCCCAUUCUGGUGGUGGUGGGGGUGGCAAGAAGGGUGGUGGCAAGAAGAAGGGUGGUUCCUUCCAGACUGUGUCUGCCCUGUUCAGAGAGAACUUGGGCAAGCUGAUGACCAACCUGAGGAGCACCCACCCUCACUUUGUGCGUUGUCUGAUUCCCAAUGAAACAAAGACACCUGGUCUUAUGGAGAACUUCUUGGUCAUCCACCAGCUGAGGUGUAAUGGUGUGCUGGAAGGUAUCAGAAUCUGCAGAAAGGGCUUCCCCAGCAGAAUCCUCUAUGGUGACUUCAAGCAGAGAUACAAAGUAUUGAAUGCCAGUGUCAUCCCUGAGGGACAGUUCAUUGACAACAAGAAAGCUUCAGAGAAGCUGCUGGGCUCCAUUGAUGUGGACCACACCCAGUACAAAUUUGGACACACCAAGGUGUUCUUCAAAGCUGGUCUGCUGGGUACUCUAGAGGAGAUGAGAGAUGAGAAACUGGCUUCACUGGUGACCAUGACUCAGGCUCUCUGUAGAGGAUAUCUCAUGAGGAAGGAGUUUGUUAAGAUGACGGAGAGGAGAGAGUCAAUCUACACCAUCCAGUACAACAUCCGCUCUUUCAUGAAUGUCAAAAAUUGGCCAUGGAUGCAUCUCUAUUUCAAGAUCAAGCCUCUUCUGAAAAGUGCGGAGACUGAGAAGGAGCUGCAGCAGAUGAAAGAGAACUAUGAGAAGAUGCAAACUGACCUGGCUGCUGCUCUGGCCAAGAAGAAAGAGCUGGAGGAAAAGAUGGUUUCCCUGCUGCAGGAAAAGAAUGACCUGCAAUUGCAAGUGGCAGCUGAAGGUGAGAAUCUCUCUGAUGCUGAGGAGAGGUGUGAGGGACUCAUUAAGAGCAAAAUCCAGCUUGAAGCCAAACUCAAGGAGACAACAGAGAGACUGGAGGAUGAAGAGGAAAUCAACGCUGAGCUGACUGCCAAGAAGAGGAAGCUGGAGGAUGAAUGCUCUGAGCUGAAGAAAGACAUUGAUGACUUGGAGCUCACCUUGGCUAAAGUGGAGAAAGAGAAACAUGCCACUGAAAACAAGGUGAAAAACCUGACAGAGGAGAUGGCAUCUCAAGAUGAGGCCAUUGCCAAGUUAACCAAGGAGAAGAAAGCCCUCCAAGAGGCCCACCAGCAAACACUGGAUGAUCUCCAGGCAGAGGAGGACAAAGUCAACACUCUGACCAAGGCCAAAACAAAGCUGGAACAGCAAGUGGAUGAUCUCGAGGGAUCACUGGAGCAAGAGAAGAAGCUCCGCAUGGACCUGGAGAGAGCCAAGAGAAAGCUGGAGGGAGACCUGAAACUGGCCCAGGAAUCCAUAAUGGAUCUGGAGAAUGACAAGCAGCAAUCUGAGGAGAAAAUCAAGAAAAAAGACUUUGAAACCAGCCAACUCCUCAGUAGGAUGGAGGAUGAACAGUCUCUUGGUGCUCAACUUCAGAAGAAAAUUAAAGAACUCCAGGCUCGCAUUGAGGAGCUUGAGGAAGAGAUUGAGGCUGAGAGAGCCGCUAGAGCAAAGGUUGAGAAGCAGAGGGCUGACCUCUCCAGGGAGCUGGAGGAGAUCAGUGAGAGGCUUGAGGAAGCUGGUGGAGCAACAGCCGCUCAGAUUGAGAUGAACAAGAAGCGUGAGGCUGAGUUCCAGAAGCUGCGUCGGGAUCUUGAAGAGUCCACCCUGCAGCAUGAAUCAACUGCAGCAGCUCUCCGCAAGAAGCAGGCUGACAGUGUAGCAGAACUGGGAGAGCAGAUUGACAACCUCCAGCGUGUCAAGCAGAAACUUGAGAAGGAGAAGAGUGAGUUCAAGAUGGAGAUUGAUGACCUCUCCAGCAACAUGGAGGCAGUUGCAAAAUCUAAAGGCAACUUGGAGAAAAUGUGCAGAACUCUUGAGGACCAGUUGAGUGAAAUUAAAGCCAAAAAUGAUGAGAAUGUUCGCCAGUUGAAUGACACUAAUGCACAAAAAGCAAGACUGCAGACAGAGAAUGGUGAAUUUUCUCGCCAGCUUGAGGAGAAGGAAGCUCUUGUUUCCCAGCUGACCAGAGGCAAACAGGCUUUCACUCAGCAGAUUGAGGAGCUGAAGAGACACAUUGAGGAGGAAGUGAAGGCCAAGAACGCCCUGGCUCAUGCUGUCCAGUCAGCCCGCCAUGACUGUGAUCUGCUCAGAGAGCAGUUUGAGGAGGAGCAGGAGGCCAAGGCUGAGCUGCAGAGAGGAAUGUCCAAGGCCAACAGUGAGGUGGCUCAGUGGAGGUCCAAAUAUGAGACUGAUGCUAUUCAGCGCACUGAGGAACUGGAGGAGGCCAAGAAAAAGCUUGCCCAGCGUCUGCAGGACGCUGAGGAAUCCAUUGAGGCUGUGAACUCAAAGUGUGCCUCAUUGGAGAAGACCAAGGAGAGGCUGCAGGGUGAGGUGGAGGACCUCAUGAUUGAUGUGGAGAGAGCUAAUGCUCUGGCUGCCAACCUCGACAAGAAGCAGAGGAACUUUGACAAGGUCCUGGCAGAAUGGAAGCAGAAGUACGAGGAGGGUCAGGCUGAGCUGGAGGGAGCCCAGAAGGAGGCUCGCACUCUGAGCACUGAGCUGUUCAAGAUGAAGAACUCUUAUGAGGAGGCUCUGGAUCAGUUGGAGACCAUGAAGAGAGAGAACAAAAACCUGCAGCAGGAGAUCUCAGACCUGACUGAGCAGAUUGGUGAAAUUGGAAAGAGCAUCCAUGAGCUAGAGAAAGCUAAGAAGACUGUGGAGACAGAAAAGGCUGAAAUCCAGACAGCUUUGGAGGAAGCAGAGGGCACACUGGAGCAUGAGGAGGCCAAGAUUCUCCGUGUUCAGCUUGAGCUCAAUCAAAUCAAAGGUGAGGUUGACAGGAAGCUGGCAGAGAAGGAUGAGGAGAUAGAGCAGAUCAAGAGGAACAGCCAGAGGGUGACUGACUCCAUGCAGAGCACUUUGGAUUCUGAGGUCAGGAGCAGGAAUGAUGCCCUGAGAGUCAAGAAGAAGAUGGAGGGAGACCUGAAUGAGAUGGAGAUUCAGCUGAGCCAUGCCAACAGGCAGGCUGCUGAGGCCCAGAAGCAACUGAGGAACGUCCAGGGCCAGCUCAAGGAUGCCCAAUUGCACCUUGAUGAUGCUCUCAGAGGACAGGAAGACAUGAAGGAGCAGGUCGCCAUGGUGGAGCGUAGAAAUGGUCUGAUGCUGGCUGAGAUUGAGGAGCUGAGAGCAGCUCUGGAACAGACUGAGAGAGGACGCAAAGUGGCUGAGCAGGAGCUGGUUGAUGCUAGUGAGCGUGUUGGACUGCUUCACUCUCAGAACACCAGUCUUCUGAACACCAAGAAGAAGCUUGAGACAGACCUUGUCCAGGUUCAGGGUGAAGUGGAUGAUUCUGUUCAGGAGGCAAGAAAUGCUGAAGAGAAAGCCAAAAAGGCUAUCGCUGAUGCUGCUGUGAUGGCUGAGGAGCUCAAGAAGGAGCAGGACACCAGUGCUCACCUGGAGAGGAUGAAGAAGAACCUGGAGGUCACAGUCAAGGACCUGCAGCACCGUCUGGAUGAGGCUGAGAACCUCGCCAUGAAGGGUGGCAAGAAGCAGCUCCAGAAACUGGAGUCUAGGGUGCGUGAGCUGGAAGCUGAAGUUGAAGCUGAGCAGAGACGUGGAGCUGAAGCUGUUAAAGGAGUUCGUAAAUAUGAGAGGAGAGUGAAGGAGCUGACCUACCAGACUGAGGAGGACAAGAAGAAUUUAACCAGACUUCAGGAUCUGGUUGACAAACUGCAGCUCAAAGUCAAGGCUUACAAGAGACAGUCUGAGGAGGCUGAGGAGGCAGCCAACACCCAUAUGUCCAAGCUCAGGAAGGUUCAGCAUGAACUGGAGGAAGCUCAGGAGCGUGCAGACAUCGCUGAGUCUCAGGUCAACAAGAUGAGAGCCAAGAGCCGCGAUGCUGGAAAGACUUCUGCUGAAAGAGGUGAGGCUCCCCCAUAUAACCAUGAUUCCUUCGCUGAUGCCAUCAUGAGCACAGACGCGGAGAUGGAGCAGUAUGGCCCGGCGGCCAUUUACCUCCGGAAGCCAGAAAAGGAAAGGAUUGAAGCUCAAAACACUCCUUUUGAUGCCAAAACUGCUUAUUUUGUUACUGAUCCUGAAGAUCUGUAUGUCAAGGGUAAACUCAUCAAAAAGGAGGGUGGUAAAGCCACAGUUGAAACUGAAGGGGGAAAGACUGUCACCGUCAAAGAGGAUGACAUCCAUCCCAGGAACCCUCCAAAGUUCGAUAAGAUGGAGGACAUGGCCAUGAUGACCCACCUCAAUGAGCCCUCUGUGUUGUAUAACCUCAAAGAGCGUUUUGCAUCAUGGAUGAUCUACACCUACUCUGGGCUGUUCUGCGUCGUUGUGAACCCCUACAAGUGGCUUCCUGUGUACGACGCUGUAGUUGUAGCAGGAUAUAGAGGCAAGAAGAGGAUUGAGGCUCCACCCCACAUCUUCUCCAUCUCUGACAAUGCCUAUCAGUUCAUGCUCACUGAUCGUGAGAACCAGUCUGUCCUGAUCACUGGAGAAUCUGGUGCUGGAAAGACUGUCAACACCAAGCGUGUGAUCCAGUAUUUUGCAACAAUUGCAGCUCUUGGAUCUAAAAAGGAGUCAACCCCUGGCAAAAUGCAGGUAAACUUGGUUAUGUAGGAUAAAUGUGUCUCACUGAGGAGUUUAUUUUGAAACUUACAGGGAAACUUACAUUUUCUCUUACAGGGCUCUCUUGAGGACCAAAUUAUUGCAGCUAACCCUCUGCUGGAGGCUUAUGGUAAUGCCAAGACUGUGAGGAAUGACAACUCUUCUCGUUUUGGUAAAUUUAUCAGGAUCCACUUUGGUUCCACUGGGAAGCUGGCUUCAGCUGAUAUUGAAACAUAUCUGCUGGAGAAGUCCCGUGUCACCUUCCAGCUGUCUGCUGAGAGGAGCUACCAUAUCUUCUAUCAACUGAUGACUGGCCACAAACCUGAGCUUCUGGAGGCUCUCCUGAUCACCACCAACCCCUAUGACUACCCAAUGAUUAGUCAGGGUGAAAUCACUGUUAAGAGCAUCAAUGAUGUGGAGGAGUUCAUUGCAACUGAUACUGCUAUUGACAUCUUGGGCUUCACUGCUGAUGAAAAGAUUAACAUCUACAAGUUGACUGGUGCUGUAAUCCAUCACGGCAGCAUGAAAUUCAAGCAGAAGCAGCGUGAGGAGCAGGCUGAGCCUGAUGGCACUGAGGAGGCUGACAAGAUCUCCUACCUCAUGGGCCUGAACUCAGCUGAUAUGCUUAAAGCUCUGUGCUACCCAAGAGUCAAAGUCGGAAACGAGAUGGUGACCAAAGGUCAAACCGUUCCACAGGUCAACAAUGCUGUCAUGGCUCUGUGCAAGUCUGUCUAUGAGAAAAUGUUCUUGUGGAUGGUCAUCCGUAUCAAUGAGAUGUUGGACACAAAACAGCCAAGGCAGUUCUUCAUUGGAGUGUUGGACAUUGCUGGAUUUGAGAUCUUUGAUUUCAACAGCUUGGAGCAGCUCUGCAUCAACUUCACCAAUGAGAAACUGCAACAGUUCUUCAACCACCACAUGUUUGUCCUGGAGCAAGAGGAAUACAAGAAAGAGGGCAUUGAAUGGGAGUUCAUUGACUUUGGUAUGGACUUGGCUGCCUGCAUUGAGCUUAUUGAGAAGCCAUUGGGCAUCUUCUCCAUCCUUGAAGAGGAGUGCAUGUUCCCCAAGGCCUCUGACACAACCUUCAAGAACAAGCUGCAUGAUCAGCAUCUUGGCAAGACCAAAGCCUUUGAGAAACCAAAGCCUGGAAAGGGCAAGGCUGAGGCCCACUUCUCCCUGGUCCACUAUGCCGGUACAGUCGACUACAAUAUCACUGGCUGGCUUGAUAAGAACAAGGACCCCCUGAAUGACUCAGUUGUUCAGCUCUACCAGAAGUCUGCAAACAAACUGCUGGCCUUCCUGUAUGCAUCCCAUGCCUCAGCUGAGGCUGAAUCUGGUGGUGGUGGCAAGAAGGGUGGUGGCAAGAAGAAGGGUGGUUCCUUCCAGACUGUGUCUGCCCUUUUCAGAGAGAACUUGGGCAAGCUGAUGACCAACCUGAGGAGUACUCACCCUCACUUUGUGCGUUGCCUGAUUCCCAAUGAAUCAAAGACACCUGGUCUUAUGGAGAACUUCUUGGUCAUCCACCAGCUGAGGUGUAAUGGUGUGCUGGAAGGUAUCAGAAUCUGCAGAAAGGGCUUCCCCAGCAGAAUCCUCUAUGGUGACUUCAAGCAGAGAUACAAAGUAUUGAAUGCCAGUGUCAUCCCUGAAGGACAGUUCAUUGACAACAAGAAAGCUUCAGAGAAGUUGCUGGGCUCCAUUGAUGUGGACCACACCCAGUACAAGUUUGGACACACCAAGGUGUUCUUCAAAGCUGGUCUGCUGGGUACUCUUGAGGAGAUGAGAGAUGAGAAACUGGCUACACUAGUGACCAUGACUCAGGCUCUCUGCAGAGCAUACCUCAUGAGGAAGGAGUUUGUUAAAAUGAUGGAGAGGAGAGAAUCAAUCUUCACUAUCCAGUACAACAUUCGCUCUUUCAUGAAUGUCAAAAAUUGGCCAUGGAUGAAUCUGUACUUCAAGAUCAAGCCUCUUCUGAAGAGUGCGGAGACUGAGAAAGAACUGGCUCAGAUGAAGGAGAACUACGGAAAAAUGCAAACUGACCUGGCUGCUGCUCUGGCCAAGAAGAAAGAGCUGGAGGAGAAGAUGGUUUCCCUGCUGCAGGAAAAGAAUGACCUGCAACUGCAAGUGGCAGCUGAAGGUGAGAAUCUCUCUGAUGCUGAGGAGAGGUGUGAGGGACUCAUUAAGAGCAAAAUCCAGCUUGAAGCCAAACUCAAAGAGACAACAGAGAGACUGGAGGAUGAAGAGGAAAUCAACGCUGAGCUGACUGCCAAGAAGAGGAAGCUGGAGGAUGAAUGCUCUGAGCUGAAGAAAGACAUUGAUGACUUGGAGCUCACCUUGGCUAAAGUGGAGAAAGAGAAACAUGCCACUGAAAACAAGGUGAAAAACCUGACAGAGGAGAUGGCAUCUCAAGAUGAGGCCAUUGCCAAGUUAACCAAGGAGAAGAAAGCCCUCCAAGAGGCCCACCAGCAAACACUGGAUGAUCUCCAGGCAGAGGAAGACAAAGUCAACACUCUGACCAAGGCCAAAACAAAGCUGGAACAGCAAGUGGAUGAUCUUGAGGGAUCUCUGGAGCAAGAGAAGAAGCUCCGCAUGGACCUGGAGAGAGCCAAGAGAAAGCUGGAGGGAGACCUAAAACUGGCCCAGGAAUCCAUAAUGGAUCUGGAGAAUGACAAGCAGCAAUCUGAGGAGAAACUCAAGAAGAAAGACUUUGAGACCAGCCAGAUCCUCAGCAAGAUUGAGGAUGAACAGUCUCUUGGAGCUCAGCUUCAAAAGAAAAUCAAGGAACUCCAGGCUCGCAUUGAGGAGCUUGAAGAAGAGAUUGAGGCUGAGAGAGCUGCUAGAGCAAAGGUUGAGAAGCAGAGGGCUGACCUCUCCAGGGAGCUGGAGGAGAUCAGUGAGAGGCUUGAGGAAGCUGGUGGAGCAACAGCCGCUCAGAUUGAGAUGAACAAGAAGCGUGAGGCUGAGUUCCAGAAGCUGCGUCGGGAUCUUGAAGAGUCCACCCUGCAGCAUGAAGCUACUGCAGCAGCUCUCCGCAAGAAGCAGGCUGACAGUGUAGCAGAACUGGGAGAGCAGAUCGACAACCUCCAGCGUGUCAAGCAGAAGCUUGAGAAGGAGAAGAGUGAGUUCAAGAUGGAGAUUGAUGACCUCUCCAGCAACAUGGAGGCUGUUGCAAAAGCAAAGGGCAAUUUGGAAAAAAUGUGCAGAACUCUUGAGGACCAGCUGAGUGAACUUAAAUCCAAAAAUGAUGAAAAUGUUCGCCAGUUGAAUGACACGAAUGCACAAAAAGCGAGACUGCAGACAGAGAAUGGUGAAUUUAGUCGGCAGAUUGAAGAGAAAGAAGCUCUUGUAUCUCAACUGACCAGAGGCAAACAGGCUUUCACUCAGCAGAUUGAAGAGCUGAAGAGACACACCGAAGAGGAAGUGAAGGCCAAGAACGCCCUGGCUCAUGCUGUCCAAUCAGCCCGCCAUGACUGUGAUCUGCUCAGAGAGCAGUUUGAGGAGGAGCAGGAGGCCAAGGCUGAGCUGCAGAGAGGAAUGUCCAAGGCCAACAGUGAGGUGGCUCAGUGGAGGUCCAAAUAUGAGACUGAUGCUGUUCAACGCACUGAGGAACUGGAGGAGGCCAAGAAAAAGCUUGCCCAGCGUCUGCAGGAGGCUGAGGAAUCCAUUGAGGCUGUGAACUCAAAGUGUGCCUCGUUGGAGAAGACCAAGCAGAGGCUGCAGGGUGAGGUGGAGGACCUCAUGAUUGAUGUGGAGAGAGCUAAUGCUCUGGCUGCCAACCUUGAUAAGAAGCAGAGGAACUUUGACAAGGUCCUGGCAGAAUGGAAGCAGAAGUAUGAGGAGGGUCAGGCUGAACUGGAGGGAGCCCAGAAGGAGGCUCGCUCUAUGAGCACUGAACUGUUCAAGAUGAAGAACUCUUAUGAGGAGGCUCUGGAUCAGCUGGAGACCAUGAAGAGAGAGAACAAGAACCUGCAGCAGGAGAUCUCAGACCUGACUGAACAGAUUGGUGAGACUGGAAAGAGCAUCCACGAGCUGGAGAAAGCCAAGAAGGCUGUGGAAAGUGAGAAGGCUGAAAUCCAGACUGCCCUUGAGGAAGCAGAGGGCACCCUGGAACAUGAGGAGUCCAAGAUUCUUCGUGUUCAGCUUGAGCUCAAUCAAAUCAAAGGUGAGGUCGACAGGAAGCUGGGAGAGAAGGAUGAGGAGAUGGAGCAGAUCAAGAGGAACAGCCAGAGGGUCAUCGACUCCAUGCAGAGCACUUUAGAUUCUGAGGUCAGGAGCAGGAAUGAUGCCCUGAGAGUCAAGAAGAAGAUGGAGGGAGACCUGAAUGAGAUGGAGAUUCAGCUGAGCCAUGCCAACAGGCAGGCUGCUGAGGCCCAGAAGCAACUGAGGAACGUCCAGGGCCAGCUCAAGGAUGCUCAGUUGCACCUGGAUGAUGCUGUCAGAGGACAGGAAGACAUGAAGGAGCAGGUCGCCAUGGUGGAGCGUAGAAAUGGUCUGAUGAUGGCUGAGAUUGAGGAGCUGAGAGCAGCUCUGGAGCAGACAGAGAGAGGACGCAAAGUGGCUGAGCAGGAGCUGGUUGAUGCUAGUGAGCGUGUUGGACUGCUUCACUCUCAGAACACCAGUCUUCUGAACACCAAAAAGAAGCUUGAGGCUGAUCUUGUCCAGGUUCAGGGUGAAGUGGAUGAUUCUGUUCAGGAAGCAAGAAAUGCAGAAGAUAAAGCCAAAAAGGCUAUCACUGAUGCUGCCAUGAUGGCUGAGGAGCUGAAGAAGGAGCAGGACACCAGUGCUCAUCUGGAAAGGAUGAAGAAGAACCUGGAGGUCACAGUCAAGGACCUGCAGCACCGUCUGGAUGAGGCUGAGAACCUUGCCAUGAAGGGUGGCAAGAAGCAGCUCCAGAAACUGGAGUCUAGGGUGCGUGAGCUGGAAGCUGAAGUUGAAGCUGAGCAGAGACGUGGAGCUGAUGCUGUUAAAGGAGUUCGCAAAUAUGAGAGGAGAGUGAAGGAGCUGACCUACCAGACUGAGGAGGACAAGAAGAACGUGAACAGACUUCAGGAUCUGGUUGACAAGCUGCAGCUCAAAGUCAAAGCUUACAAGAGACAGUCUGAGGAGGCUGAGGAGGCAGCCAACACUCACAUGUCCAGGCUUAGGAAGGUUCAGCAUGAACUGGAGGAAGCUCAGGAGCGUGCAGACAUCGCUGAGUCUCAGGUCAACAAGCUGAGAGCCAAGAGCCGUGAUGCUGGAAAGGGAAGUGACUCUGCUGAAUGAGAUUUCUGAUCCAUGAGGCAUAUCAACAGAGGCCAUAUAAUAUGAGUCCCUUAGGAAAGUUCUUGUGUAAA